AAGCGUGAAAGUCAUAAAAGGUAGGAAAUGUCCAAAUCUGUCAGCGUGUGAACGACGCGCAGAAUAAACACGCGUGGACGAGUUUUUGUGUAACUUUUUUAAUCAGCAUCGUGCAGGAAUGGAUCGGGGAAACGCACCUCCAUACAGUACAGGCUGUUCCGGUCAAGUGUUGGAUUUAGAACAAGCGCACCUUGUUUGUGACUAAUCUGGAAAAGCUGCAGCAAACGCACCCUCUUCCACCGGGGAACAUGUCAGCAGUUUUGGUGGUGCAUGGGGGUGCGUGGGCCAUUCCGGAGGAGCUGGCCCAGGCUUCUGUGGAUGGGGUGAAGACUGCAGCGCGGGAGGGUUCGUCAGUGCUGAGAAGUGGUGGGAGUGCAAUGGCUGCUGUGGAGGCCGCUGUGAGGGCUCUGGAAGAUAACGCCGUGUUCAAUGCAGGACAUGGAGCAACACUGAACAUUGAUGGUGAGGUGGAGCUGGAUGCUAUGAUCAUGGAUGGAAAAACACUUGCCAGUGGAGCGGUGUCCUCAGUAAAAGACAUUGCCAACCCUGUGUCACUGGCAAGGGCAGUGAUGGAAAAGACUUCCCACGCCAUGUUGACGGGCAGAGGUGCGAACCUGUUUGCAGAGAGCAUUGGUUUCAGCACAGUACCUGCAGAUUCUUUGGUGUCUGAGUUUGAGAGGAAAGAAUGGGAGCUGCGCAAGAAAUACAUGAAAGGAGUUGCGGAAGAUUUCAAACUUAAAUUGGCCCAUGAUACUGUUGGUGCUGUAGCUCUGGACUGUGCUGGUAAUGUUGCAUGUGCAACAUCAACUGGAGGCAUCAGGAAUAAAAUGGUUGGGCGAGUAGGAGACUCUCCAAUCAUUGGCUGUGGAGGAUAUGCAGACAACUUAAUUGGUGCAGUUUCCUGUACCGGCCAUGGAGAAUCUAUUCUUAAAGUCACGUUGGCUAGACUCAUUCUUUCACAUAUUGAACGAGGAAAAUCGGUAUCAGAAGCCUCGCAGCUCUCUCUGCAGACCAUGGGUGAUCGUGUCCAGGGUGCAGGAGGGGCUAUAGUGGUUUCUCCGUCCGGGGAGUGGGCUGCCACAUUCACCACUGAGCGCAUGGCCUGGGCCGCUGUGGAACACGAUGUGCUUUGGUUUGGAUUAGAGCCUAAUGAAAAGCAAAAAGAGAUGUUGCACCAGUAAAUGUUGCUCCUAUUCCUUUUUUAUCAGCAUAGAUGGCUGUCACUAUUAUAUUCUAAAUCACAUUACUUAAUAUUUCCCAUAUUCUAAGCUUGCUCCUUUCUUAUUCCUUGAGAUUCAAUAACUUUUUUAUUUAUUUUUAUAAAUGCAGGAGUUAUAUAUUAUUUUGCCUAAUGUGUAGUAUAACACAAUGUGUGCAGUGCAAUGAAAACUUUUUGUGAAAAUUUUAAUCUGUUGCCUAUGUAAAGCAGUCUUUAUAUGUGACUUGAGAACUUGUAACUCUUUUUUUUUGUCUAAAAGAGUUCUAAAGGUGCAGGUAAAGAAAUACCAGUUCUUCUUGAAAGACGAGAUCAGAGAUAGAUUAUGAGAGAUAGAUCAAAGAUGUGACAAUGUAACUACUGUACUAAAAACUUUACUGAGAGUUACCAGUAGUAUGUAGUAUUGAUGUCUGUUGGUUUUGAAUGUGUUGUCCCUUUUUAGAUUCAUCUUAAACAACCUAAGUAUUUUUUCAAUGAUCUGUUUUUCGAAUCAGUGCUCUGUGUGCCAGUAAUCAAACAUAUAGCAAAAAUAUUAAAACUAACCUUCAUUGGUUACAUUUAGUCCAAUGUAUUGGAAUUGUGUGGUACCUUCAUUCACCAGAUCAGUAAAGUGUUCUUACUGUAUUGUAAUUAUCUAAUUAAUAAACCUGUCUCAUGAGAA